AUGAUCGGUACUUCAUUCGUCAUGCUCGCUAUCGCUGCCUCGGCUUCUGCUGCACCUCAAUUCUACGGAUCUUUCCUGCCUACCGAGACUUACGGAUCGGGCUCCACUGGUAUCGGCGGUUACGGAGCAGGCUAUGGCUCGAGCUACGGCCUCGCAGACGGCUAUGCAUCUGGCACGGGCGCGCUCUACAACAACGCCUACAACAACCUUGGCUAUGGCCAAGCCAUCAACAACAACGCCUACGGCAACCUCAACCAGGGAUCAAACGCCUACGGCACAGGCAGCGCCUACGGCAAUGGCUUCGGCUCCGUCUCCGGUGGCCAGUCAAGCAACUCGGAUGUCGGCGGCUUCGCUAAGAACAACGACAAGUCAUCCACCACC